CGCUUACCCCUGUACGUGAAGUGCUUUUUUGCAUUGAUUGUUACCCUGUGUCGUGCAUUUUUGCGUAGAGAAAACCGUUGGAAAAAUAUUCUACUUGAAUUGUCAAACGUAUCUGAUAGGGACAGUGGACAAGAAAUUUAAGAAAAAAUCCAAUUUCUCUACGGCAAUGAGAUGGACGGAAGGGGCGUGAUUAUUUUUAAACAUAAUGGAUGUAAGUUCACUGGUACCAGCAGGUUUUCAAGCGGGCCAAGUGGAUCUGUGCGAGGUCCAGGCUGGUUACAAUAAAUUCUCCGAAAAUUUGCGAAAAUUCACGCCGCAGGCUAUACAGUGCGCGAUCUUUUGCGGUGGCUCUAGAUGCAAAUAUGAAAACUCGAAAGCGUGGCCGCCAGUGCACAUGGCGAUACAGAACAUAUUUUCGCAUUGGGUGACAGACGACGUACUCGCGAUGGCACGACCGAACACCGCACAGAUAAUAAAAAAGGACAUAAUCGCACAGUUUCAAGGGUGGAGUAUAAAAACCAUAGUAAACCUACAAACGCCUGGCGAGCAUGCAAGCUGCGGUGGUCCUCUCGAAGAAAGUGGCUUUACUUAUGACCCGAAUGUCUUCAUGAAACAUAGCAUUUACUAUUACAAUUUCGCGUUGAAGGACUACGGGGAUGCGACCAUGAGCAAACUUCUGGAUAUGGUCAAGGUCGUGGCCUUCGCUGUGCAAGAGGGAAGAGUGGCAAUUCAUUGUCAUGCCGGGCUGGGCAGAACUGGGGUUCUGAUCGCGUGCUACCUUAUUUACAGUCUUCGUGUGCGGGCCAACGAUGCCAUACGAUUUGUUCGUAUGAAGCGGCCGUGCGCGAUACAGACGCGGGGACAAAUUCUCUGCAUCCAAGAAUUCGAGCACUUUGUGCUUCCACAGAUGAUAGUUUUCCCUUUGAAUAGCGCAAUAGGCGAUCGUAAGCCUUGCAGCCUGCAAUCGCAUCUGAAGAAGCAACACAACGUACUACAUGGAUACGAGCAACGUACAUUCAAAUACGUACCAAAGAUCGUAUUCACGAUUUGUGAACGAAUCCUUCAAUUGUGCGAUUGUCAAGAGGACAAUUCUCCGUGUGAAAUCACGUACACUAUUUCCAGUACAUGUUUCACGAGAAAAUUUAUAUCUCACGUUUUGGAAAAGUUUAGAGAUAACAAGGGAAAUAUUAAACACUCUUACUCGUGGGCUGACUCACUCGCCGAUUCUUACGAAUGCUCCAGUACGACGAAAGCGUGUGCAAGUGGUAGCCAAGCAUCUUCAAGGGGAACAUCCGAUGAUAUUGGGAGAUUGAGCGACGUAUUUUGUACAUCUCCGGACAGUCCAUCCUACGAUUCAGCUUUUCCAGUGUUGGAUGACAACUACGUGGACGACGUGCUCGGUGAUGGAAUUCACGGUCAGGAUCUCGCAGAUAACGACUGUUACAAAGAAAUUCAAUCUCACAUGAACUUAAAAGCUGCUGCUCAAAAUACAGCUCUGGAAACCGUGAACACCGACGAAGCAAUCAGAGCUUUGAUCAAAGACACCGCCAGUUUAUCUGACAAGACGAAGAAACGUCUUCAGGAUUAUCAGAUGGAUCUAAAUCAUAGAUCUACGGCGUGGCAGAGGCUUCAGAUGGAAACUGACUUGUAUAUUCUGUCAGGAUUAUUAUUUGAAUGGCUAGAGACAUUGAAACAUCCUUUGCUAGACGUCGAUAGUUUGAGUUAUAUCGUCGUCUGGAAUUCGAAACCUCAAAGAUGCCUGGAAAAAUUGCAUAACCCUAAUCGAUAUUUGUUGGAAUAUCUUCUACGAUUUAUUAGUCGUUUGAGACCGAUGACACCUGAGAGCCAAAGCUUGAUAACGAAGAGGUUCAUGGCUGCGCUCACACAACAGAGUAUAUGGAUCAAGAACUCGUUUUAUCCAUCCAAUAGAAAUUUUCCGAAGCUACGACGAGGCACGGCAGCGAAAUUGAACGAAUUUUUCAUUAGAAUGAUGAUCUUGAUAGAGGAAGUAAACACGCAAGAGAUGGAGAAACCAUCGUGGACUUCGAAAUUGGAUUUGGCGUCUAGUCAAUUGGAAGAAAUGGGGACACAAGCAGCGAAUGAAAAAUUUAGUUAGAGCAAGAAUAAAUGAACGAAGAGUGUCGAGGAUCUUGUUUAAGAUGAUCGUAGAAUAGCGUCUAUAGCAGUCGAUUUAUAAUAUUUAUUUUUACAAUGUUCCAUGAUUAAUCGUACAAACUACUCGAAUAAAGGAAAAUAUUUUAGUAGUAACAAGUAUUUUGUCUCUUAUUUAUAAUCUAAGUGGCAAGAUAUCGGAAGUUGUAAAUCAUUCUAUAUUCAAUAAUGUUUUCCUCAUCGAGAGAGAGGUCUUUGCACUUUCAAUUUGCAUGAAUAAAAAUUUUUAUAUAUUUUAUAGCAACAAUAUUCUUUUAAUUUAAUAUACAAGUUAGUUUUGUAACGAGUAAAUAAAAACCAGAUUUGUAUAUAGCCCUUUACCCUUUAAUUAAGUACCUGUCAACAUUUUACUUGUUUAAUGUUCUAUAAUUUUACACAAAUAAAUCUUUAAUAGUUUUUUGCAUAUUUUACUUUACUUUAUGCUAUGUUGGUAUGUUAUACAUUAUCUCAUAUGAUAUGAUAUUGACCAAAGUUAAAAAAGACUUCUCUUUGCCAGUACCGACGAGAAUGAAGUGGAUCGAUGUUACCAGCAGAGAGCAACAUAAAUCAACAGAUGGUAACGAAUUUACCGAGAAAUAAAAAAGAAAAAUAUUUUUAUUGUAAUGAAAUAUGAUAAUAUUAUGAUGAUAUUAACAAGUGAUUUGAAUUUCAUAAUCAUAAAUUAACAUACAGUAAUAAAUAACGUCAGCUCGUUUAAAGAAACUUAUGCGAAGAAACUGACUGAAAGGAGAUUACAAUAUUUGACGAAAGAAUUUAUCGGAUUACUAAUUGUUUGCAAUUCUUUUAUUUAAAUAUGACAAACAAGGAAUUCGGAAACAAACAGUUUAGACAGCUUUGGAUCCUCAUGUUCACGAAUUGCUGUUUUAUUAAGUAUGUAUAUUCUUUUCAAGACGAUUCUAUUAGAUAAAGACUUAAUUCUAAAGCUUAAUUCGAGCUAGAAAAUGCGAUUUCUUAAGUGUUCUAUUUACAGUAUGAUAUAAGUCCUUCUGUGAUCUAAACACAUAUAAUCGUAGACACAUUAAUUUACGUGUAUAAAUCUUGACGUACCUAACAAGAUCAUAUCUUUCUUUUUCCCUUUGUAAGCAUAUACAAACGAUGUCAGUCUUAUACAAAGAAAGUACAGUGAAAAUGAUAACUCUCGUUACUUACAAUUACAACUACUUAUAAAUCGAUAAAUUGCUAUCUCGCUACCUUUUUUUAUUGAAAAAAAAGGUCGAUGAAACAGUUCAGAGAUUGGUUUUCUUUUAGUAACACAUUUAAUUUCUCGGUAAAAUCGGUACAUUUUUACAAGGCAACUUAUUAUACAAUACUUAAUAAAAUAAAUCCAGACAGAUAGGGUUUCCUAGAAAUUUUCAAAUGAGCUAAAGAGCACGGAUCUUUGCAAAUUUCUUUUUUUUUU